UUUGCACUAAGCCGCCCGCCUCCGGUCCUGUACGUCCGUAAGUUAAUCAUGCAGAUUUGCAAGGGCACCCCUCAACAGACCAGACGUGCGAAACCCACGUUCCCGAUCACCAUGGCGGCGGCCUGCGGCUAGAGACGAAGAACUCUCGUACGCCCUAAACUUCCAGAAGACUGGAUCCGGGGUGCAGGCGUACACACAAAGGUGCAGCAAUGGGAUCUACAAAUAUGUGGCAGAUGCACAUGAACGAGGAAGGAUUUAAUACACCCAUAAAGAAAGCAAGUGUUCCUCUCUGUAUGAUUUGAAGCCUAAAGUGGGGAUGAUAUUUGAAGGAUUGAAGGCCGUGGAGGAGUUCUACAAAUCUUAUGCACAUCAAUCUGGUUUUGGAGUUCGUAUUGGGCAACAAAAGAAGUUAGAAAAUGAGGUAGUUCGCACUAAACGAUACAUGUGUAAUAGACAAGGAUUUAAGUCUGAAAAUGGUAACAAGAUUGACGAUCCAUCAAAGAAGAGGCGUAAGAACACAGACAUAAGGUGCGGUUGUGAUGCACACAUCUUUGUGAAGUUAUGUGCUAAUGAUACCUACAAGAUAGAAUCAUGGGUCAAGCACCACAACCAUGGUCUUGUGUCACUGGAUAAGCGUCAUUUGAUCAGAUCAAAUCGCCGAGUUAGCGAGAGGGCAAAGAACACAUUGUACACAUGCAGCAAAGCAAGCAUAUGCACCUGCCAGGCAUACAGGCUCCUACACGUCAGCGAGGGUGGAUUUGCGAAUGCUGGAUGCAUGAAAAGGGACUUGCAAAACUACUACCGUGACCUCAGAUUAAAAAUUAGGAAUGCAGAUGCUCAAAUGUUUGUGGCCCAGCUAGGUAGAAAGCAGGAAGUUAAUUCAGCAUUUUUCUAUGAUUUUGUUGUCAGUGCUGAAGGAAAGUUGAUGUAUGUGUUCUGGGCAGAUGCCACAAGCAGGAAGAACUACAAACAUUUCGGUAGUGUGGUGUCCUUUGAUUCUACAUAUACUACUAAUCAGUAUGACAUGAUCUUUGCACCAUUUACAGGAGUUAAUCAUCAUUUACAAAGUGUGUUCUUUGGUGCUGCGUUCUUACUAAAUGAGAAGACCGAGUCAUAUGUCUGGUUGUUUGAGACCUUCCUGAAGGCAAUGGGAGGUGUAGCGCCGACACUCAUCAUAACCGAUGAAGCUACUAGCAUUAAGAAUGGAAUUGAUGAAGUUUUUCCAACCUCAGUACACAGGCUGUGCAUGUGGCAUAUAAUGGAAAAACUUCCUGAGAAGCUUGGACCUGCGAUUAGAGAAGAAUCUGAAUUUUGGAAGAGGAUGAAUGCAUGUGUAUGGGGUUCAGAAACCGUGACCGAGUUUGAGUUAGAGUGGAAUUCUAUAAUUUCAGAGUAUGGGUUGGAGGAUAAUGAAUGGUUGACUAAAAGGUUUAGCCUCAGAGAGUCAUGGAUACCAGCCUAUUUUAUGGACAUACCACCGGCAGGCAUUCUUCGAACUACUUCAAGGUCUGAAAGUGCAAAUUCAUUCUUUAACCGAUUCAUUCAUCGCAGGCUCACUUUUGUUGAGUUCUGGCUUAGGUUUGAAACGGCUUUAGAAUGUCAACGUCAAGAGGAGUUGAUUGCCGACAAUUCAAGCAUCCAUAGGAUCCCCCAACUAGUGACACCGUGGGCAAUGGAGAAACAAGGUAGUCAAGUAUUCACACAUGAAGUGUUUGGGAAAUUUCAGGAACAAGUUAUUGCAGCAAGAGAUAAUUGUUGUGUUCAAGGAAUUGCACAAGAUGGGGGAAUAAAAGUAGUGACCUUCAAAACGGGAGCCAGUAGGGUAAGGGAGGUCCGUUGUGACACGACAACCAUGAUAGCUAACUGUUCAUGCAAGUUAUAUGAGUCACAUGGAAUCCCAUGCCGCCAUAUUGUCCAAGUGAUGCGAAUUGAAAAUCAAAAGGAGCUUCCAACCUUCUAUAUUAUGGAAAGAUGGAAGAAACAGUGUAAAAGUGAGAGUGUUUACGAUGAGCAAGGGAACCUUCUAGAAGAAAAUCCCACCGAUUCCUUGGAUGCAGCCGCAAGGAAGAAGAUUUCAACAGUACGCAACAAGUUGGAAGAUCUAAUUCAAAGAGCCAAGCAAUCAGAUGAAGGCAUGAGCUUUUUAGUAUCAAGUGUUCUGAGCAUUGAGGAGCCUCUGAACCAAAUGGUUCCCAAUGCAGUCAAGCACACUAGGCAAGAGGAAUAUGAGGCGUUUAUUGGUUGCAACAUUCCUACUCAAGUUGACAUACACCCGCCAAAUGAUGGCCAUUCGGUAGGGAGAUGUAAAAGAAUAAAAAGAGCAAAGGAAAUGAAUGGGGAAAAACAAAAGGAGAAGAAAAAAGAAGCCAAGGCCAAGGUCGCACGCUUGUGCAAGACGUGCAACCAAAUAGGGUUUCAUGACAGUCGCAAUUGUCCUAGCAAAAAAGGUCAUGGAAAAGAAGCCAUGAAUGUGCAACAAAUGCUUCCAGAUGGUGCAUGAUGAUAGCUACAAGUCUUCGAAAAAUAGAUGAUGUUUAAUCCCAUUUAUUCAGUUUAUUGAAUGUUUGAAUUUAUGCACUGGAUUCGAACUUGUGCUUUGUCCAACUGUUUAUGUUAUUUGUAUCAGAUUUGAUUCAUGCUUAAUUAAGUGUGAGUGGUGAGCAGAUGCAUGAGUUUUGAUUCAUGUAUCAAAGUUUGGAA